AUUCAUAGAUAUAUAAAUAUGUCUUGCACUGAAUUUGGUACUGAGUAAGUUACCGGACAUAGGUAAGAGAGCUUAGUUAUGAAAGUCGCUCCAUAAAGAGCAAUUUUUAAUAAUAUCUCAUAGUAUAACCUUCUUUCUUCGAUGACAGUAGUGAAAUAUAUUGAACGACGGCAAUUUUUUAUUACUUUCAGGCGAAAGAAAUAAAAAUAUUGACGCAAAUUUUGUAAAUCAAUUUAUUUUAUACUAAGUUUUUAUAUUCUUUUUUCCUUAAAAAUGACAGAUUUAAGAACAGUAGAAAAUAUGCUAUUCAAUUAUGGCACGUCAAAUCGAAUUGAUUUUCGAGAUGGUGAAAUAGAUAUAAAUCCAUACAGAACAGUUUAUGAGGAGAAACCUCGAUGUCUAAGAGUGAGACCUCCUCCUUUAAAAGACAUACAUACGCUUUCGUACUGGAAGAAUCCACAUAUCCCGACCGAACUGCUCGUGAAACCUAAAGAAAUAGUCCGGACCAACCCAAGACACAUUCAACAAACGCAAGAAAAUCUAGUGGAUCUAGCCCGAGAGAACGCGCAAAAGACUCGACCGAGACUUAUAAUGAGUCCCGCAAUAAGCUUGGACGACAUAGCUGAUCCAGAGAUUCGGAACCUCUUAAUCAGCUUCAUGUACGAGACUACAAUACGUAACGCUUACGGUGGCGUCACUUCAAAUAACGCGACUAGAGCGCCCUUCCCCGGACUACCAGCUCCAGCAAACCCGAUAACAUUGGAGAAGCUGCAAGUUCCUUACGUGUCGCCGGAAUGGCGCAUGGAAUCUGUUGGCUGGGACGGAAGACAGCUGAGGGCUCACUGUGACCACAACAAAGAAUUCUAUCUCAGGAGACCCUUGCGGUGCGCCGCGUGUAAAGUCACAGCAGCCGUGGAAGCUCAGAGGAAGCUGCUGAGGGGAAUGAAGAAAACUUGAAAUUUUAAUAUCACUUUAUUGAAACAACACCAGCCACAGCCGCUCCGAUAACUCUUGUAUUUCUUAUAUAAGAUAUAUCAACAUUACAAAGCUCAUUCAGACGGCCGAUAUAUACAGUGUGUUGGAAUUAUUUUAACAUCACAGGACGUAACGACUGACGACUACUGCAUUAUAAGUCCCCGAAUCAAUAUGCCACAUAA